CCCUUGUUCAGGGCUUAAAGGUCAAUCUCCCCCGUUCUGACCCUUCGUGUACACCUGGGGGCGCAUUCCAGAGACAUCUUCUGAAUGUUCUCGUCCCCUCCUUGCUGCGAUCGCCUUGCCCUGUAUUAGAGUCUUGCUUCUUAUCUGUCGUUUCCUGUCUACUUGCGCCUUGAUGCGCGAUCCUUCCAUUAUGGAGCCGAGCACCUCCCCUCGUAAUAUCAAUCCUUUACAUCAACACUACAGCUCGCGAAAGUCUCUACGAUGGGUCGUGUUUCUGGUCAUAGGGGCGCUGGCCGUUAUUCUCCUCAGUGGUCAGAGCUAUGCGCCUGAUACUAUACGUCGUUCCUCGAAAGCGAAGGCCAGAUACCUUAGUCCAGCCAAACUAAUGGAGAGGCCUAUAUCGAAAGAUCUCCAAACGAUACCCAAAUUAAUCCACCAAAGCUGGUCCUCGACCGAGCUACCGGCCAAAUUCCAGCGAUGGAGUGCGACGUGCAGACAACAACAUCCAGACUGGGAGUGGGUGCUAUGGACGGAUGAUGACAAUGAAGAGUUGGUUAAGAAACAUUUCCCUUGGUUGUUGAGCACAUAUCAAGCUCUGCCUGGUGUGAUCUACAAGGCAGAUCUGGUGCGCAACUUGUACAUGUAUAUGUUCGGAGGUGUCUACGGAGAUCUUGACGUCGAAUGCCUCCGACCGGCUGAUGAACUAUUCCAAAUUUACAAUGUGUCGACUGUUUCUCACGCCAGACCCAGACCUCAAUCCACGCACAAUCUGCAGAAGAAUGGUCGCAAGGCCUUCUUUGGGAGGAUGGGCCUUGACAAUGGCGAACCGAACUCGAUUCCGAACGCAUGGAUGGCAUCAACUCCUGGUCAUCCAUUCUUCCUCCUGGUCCUCGAACACGUCAUGAAGAGCAUGCGGGAAGGGUCAGGCGAAGACAAGUCACCCGAGGAGGUUACUGGGCCGGCCGUGCUCUUCGACAGAAUCAACGAGUAUCUUGGGGAGGAAGGCAAAUAUGAAGGAGAGAGGCUCGACAAGUAUGUCUCCAAGAAUCCGACCGCGAAGCAAUUCACGCCACGGAAGGGUCUGGGCCAUUCGAUUGAGGUUCUGCCCUUCCAAUAUAUCUAUCCCUACUCGUGGCAGCGAGAUGGUGAGGCUUUCCGUGACGUCUGCUGGGCGACCAAGGAGACUUUCAGCGCCGAGAGGUGCAAACUGCUUUUGGCGACGGAUCACUGGCCUAGCUAUGCAAUAACAUACUGGAGUCACACCUGGGCCGGAGAAGGUCAUGAUCAAGGCAAUGUGGACCAUUUGGACAUCGAUGAAGAAAAGAAACACGAGAAAAAGGAGUGACGACGCCUUCAUUCGCCAGGCUAUCGUUGAAAGCCACACGAAUCUACGAAUGAUAUUGACAGAGGGAUAAGAAGCAAGGUACCACUGGCGGCCGCCAUGCUGUAGUGAAUGUGGAGGAUUUGAAUUUUGGAUUAGAUAUUGAGCGUCAGGCGUUGGUGGAAACAUCAAAAAAGCGGCACAGAUCUGGCUAAACUGUACGGAGUACGAUGAUACAGAAUGGAUCAUGUUCAAGGCCGGUAUUAUAAGUAUGGGUGCUGGGUCAAGAUACAGCUGUAAUGAAGUUAUAACAGCUCUUAUUGUUUCACCGUCACGGCUGUUUUUCCUGCUAGGCAUCAAUCUCAAA